AUGCCUGCUUCGGAGGAAGCACUGAGCCUGAAGAAACGGGGCAAUGAAUCUUUCUCCAAGCAUGACUGGUUGAAAGCAAUAGAAUUCUACGAUCAGGCCAUCGAAUCCUAUGACUCGGAUCCCACCUUCUUUUGCAAUAGAUGCCAGGCGAACAUAAAAUUAGAGCAAUAUGGAUAUGCGAUUGCUGAUGCGACAAAAGCGGUCGAGUUGGACCAGUCUUAUGCAAAAGCGUUUUAUCGGAGAGCUGUCGCAAACAUGGCCAUCUUGAAGUCUCGAGAAGCCUUGAGAGACUUCAAGACAGCUGCCAAACUGGAGCCGAACAACAAGGAGACGAGAUUGAGACUAACAGAAUGUGAGCAGAUAGUCAAGCGACUAGCCUUUGAGAAAGCUAUAGAGGUGUCGGAUCCACCUUCCGCAUUUGAAGGCUUGAACAUAGAUUCCAUUUCUGUUGACAGUAGUUACGACGGCGCUAAGCUGGGCACUGAGAUGACGCAGGAUUUCAUCGAUGAUAUGAUAGACCGAUUCAAGAAUGGCAAAAAAAUCCACCGCAAAUAUGCUUUUCGAAUAAUACAAGCGGUCUACGACAUCGUCUACAAGGAACCAACAAUGGUCGAGAUGGAGGUAGCCAAGGAUCACAAAUUGACUGUCUGCGGCGAUACACAUGGGCAGUACUUCGAUCUGAUGGAACUCUUCAGGCUUAAUGGUUUCCCUACCGAAUCCCAUUACUAUCUUUUCAAUGGAGAUUUUGUGGAUCGCGGCUCUUGGUCGACAGAAAUCGCACUGCUCCUUUAUGCGUACAAAUGGUUGCGACCGAAAAAGUUCUUCUUGAAUCGUGGUAAUCAUGAAACAGAUGAUAUGAAUAAGGUAUACGGCUUCGAAGGAGAAUGCAAGGCCAAGUACGACGAGAAGUCUUUCAGACUGUUUUCCGAAUCUUUCUCUGCAUUGCCUCUUGCGACUCUCAUUGGCAAGAAAUAUUUUGUUCUCCAUGGAGGACUCUUUUCUGAUGAUAAGACGUCGCUUGAUGACGUGAGGAAGCUCAAUAGGCACCAACAGCGGCAGCCUGGUCAGCAAGGUUUGAUGAUGGAAAUGCUUUGGACUGAUCCGCAACCACAACCAGGGAGAGGACCAAGCAAAAGAGGUGUGGGACUGCAAUUCGGACCCGAUGUAACAAAGAAAUUCUGCGAGGCCAACGGGCUAGAUGCGGUUAUCCGAAGUCACGAAGUCCGCAUGGAGGGAUAUGAGGUCGAACAUGAUGGGCGAUGUAUCACCGUCUUCUCAGCUCCCAAAUACUGCGACAGUACAGAAAACAAAGGUGCAUACAUCAAUAUUGGCCCUGAAUACAAGCUAGAAUAUCAGAAAUUUGAUGCCGUUCCGCAUCCGGAUGUUAAGCCUAUGGCAUAUGCUCAAAAUUCACUGAUGUCUCUGAUGACGUAA